UUUUUUUUUUCUUUCACUAAUACGAUUAUCAUGGGCAUCUGUGAUGUGAGCAAAGUCAAUUUACUAAGGUCAUAUCUAAAUUUUAAAGCACGAAUUCAAAUUACAGAUGGAAGAAUCUUCAUUGGUACUUUUGUAUGUGUGGACAAACAAAAGAAUAUCAUAUUAGCUCAAGCAGAAGAAUUUCGUCAAGAAGAAAGAAGAUUAGUUGGUCUUAUUAUGAUUCCUGGUAUUCAUCUGGUCAAAGUAGAAACGGAAGAUCUUGAUCUAUACAUCUAGUGACACUCUUCUUCCUCUCACCCCCCCCCCCCUUUUACCCCCACUCCUCCUGCCAUCCCCCUUUUAUUUCUAUGUUUGAUAUUUUUAUUUAGUCCUCUUUUUUUUUGUAAAAUAUAUAUGUAUAUCCAAUUCAAUUUAUUAUUAUUUUAUUUUUAUAUAUUGUAAAACUAUC